CAUUGAUUCUGUCAGGAGGAUGUAUUCCGUUAACCUCAAAUUGCUAUUGAUCACUCACUGGCUUGAUUGAGGUCAGAGCUGACACAUAUUGACUAAUUUAUAGGCAGUUGUUGUUGUUUUUUUUUAAAUCUCUUUUACAGUUCCGCCUUCAUCCACUCUACACAAGUGGAUGCUCAAAUGCUGUUCAUCCAUUAUUCUCUGGUUUAAUCAUGCUGUCGUCAGGCCUGGAGGCUCACCCUGACCAGGAGGAGGACUACAGGUUCCUCCACAGCAUGCUGAGGGAGAAGAAGAUUCACCUGCUCUUCAAGAUCCAUGAGCGAUUGAAGCUUUUUGAGAAGAAAAGACCCAUCCCAGUCCAGGAGCACGCAACAGACCUGGCUUCUAAAUUGAUGGAGGAACUGUUGCAUCAAGGCUGCAGAGAUGAAGUCACAGAGCUGGUGGCAAUUUUGUCCAAACCCCACCUCAAGAGCCUCCUGGCUGUUCAUGAUGCUGUGGCUCAAAGAGACUACGAGCCUAUGUUGCUCCCUGUACCUGACGACUUUGUGGCAGAUGAGGAAGAUUCUGUCAAGAUUGUCAGCAUGGUAAAAACCAAAGAACCCUUAGGUGCAACUAUCAAAAGGGAUGAAUCCACUGGGGCCAUUGUUGUUGCAAGGAUAAUGAAGGGAGGUGCUGCAGAUAAAAGUGGCCUGAUCCAUGAAGGCGAUGAGCUGAAGGAGGUGAACGGUGUCUCCAUGGAGCACAGGAAACCAAAGGAAAUUCUUCCUCUCCUGGCUCGAUCAAAAGGUGAGGUGACGUUUAAGAUCAUCCCUGCUUUCUACAAAGAAGAAGUGUCAUCUCAGCGAAAGCAGCUAUUUGUGAGGGCAUUAUUUGAUUAUAACCCUGAAGAAGACCCAACUGUCCCCUGUAAGGAGGCUGCUGUGGGUUUCAGAAGAGGGGACAUAUUACAGAUUGUCAGUUUGGAGGACGAGACUUGGUGGCAGGCCCGUCACCAUGGAGAUGGACAGUCCCGCGCCGGACUCAUCCCAUCACAGCAGCUUCAUGAGAGGAGGGUGGCCCUGCAGCGACCAAGAGCCCUGUUCAAGCCUCGCACACCCAAAGCACCAGGUGACCUUCAACAUGUAACCAGUAUCUUGGAGGAUGUGGACUACCGAGCCAUAACUGGCUUUCAUAUUGCUGGUUUAAGAAGAAGUUUCCGUCUCGGGAGGAAAGGCAGUGUGGCCCGAGAAACAGCCCGCUCACGGAGGUGGAGUGCUGGGGUACAUGGCACCAUCAGGCCCCCUACCUACGUGGAGGUCUUCCCCUAUCACAGACUCUCAACAGACAGGCACAGGCUGGUGGUCCUGGUUGGGCCAAGCGGCGUUGGCGUCAGCGAGCUGAAGAAGAGGCUGCUGAUCUCCGACCCGGACCGCUAUGCUGUCACUGUGCCCUAUACGACACGGGAGAGAAGGCAGCAAGAGACAGAUGCAGUGGACUAUCACUAUGUGCCACUUCACAAGUUUGAGGAGGACAUUCUCCAUCACAGGUUUAUUGAAUAUGGACGCUACAAGGGCUAUUACUAUGGCUCAAGUCUAGAGUCAGUCAACAGAGUCCUGGCAGACGGCAAAGUGUGUCUUCUGGAUAUGCACCCAAGUAACAUAAAGCGUGUGUACACAAGAGAGUACAGACCAUUUGUGGUGUUUGUGAAGCCCCCGAGGAUCGAGGAGCUGCGCCUGACCCGCCGCAGAGCCAAGUUCAUCUGUGAAGAGGAGCACAAGAACCCAGUCCGCACAUUUACAGAGGAAGAUUUUGAGGAGAUGCUUGACUCGUGUGAGUCCAUGGAGCGGGAGUAUGGGCACCUGUUUGAGAAGGUGUUGGUGAACGGGGAUAUUGCGGUGGCGUUCCGAGAGCUGAAGUCUGUCGUGCUGCGGAUGACUGAGGCAGAGGUGCAGUGGGUCCCGACAGAGUGGGUUUGUCCAUCGCCAACAACUGCACGGAGGAGCUGCAGUCACUUGACAGGCUGGAUCUGAACUCAAAGCAUUCUUUCCACUUCAAGUUCAAUCUUCACUGUUCUUUCACACAAUCAAAUAUUUCAAAGACAUAGAUUUAGCUUUUAGAAUGACCUGGGACCUUUUGUGAGGCCAUUUGUGAUUAUGUUAUUUUUUAUCUUUUCUUUUUUAUAUAGUUUGGUUUGACUGAAAGUUUGGUGACAUUUAAAAUAAGUAAUGUAUGAAGUAUGAAGAAAGGCUUGAUUCAUAAUUAACCAAAUAGUUUACUAAUUAUGAUUUGGGCUUAGUAACGACUUAAUUAAUACCCCACCCUAACUUCUAACCCUUAUUGAUGCACAAGGGAAAUAAUGUGGACACAGUAGCUCAUACAUCACAAUAUUUUGGACAAACAAAGAGCAGAAAUAUAAAUUGUAAAAGUUAACAUAAGUA